AGACAAAUCCGGACAGUGUAAACCCCUGCCCAACAGCAAGUACGGAGAGACAAUUUUCCGCCCAAGGGAGCGAAAUUAGGGAGGGAGGGAGAGAGAGAGAGAGAGAGAAUGGUUAGAGGCGGGAAGAAGGAGGCGGAGAAGAAUGGAGCUGGGGCGGAGGCGAAUCCCGAAGCAGAAGAGCGGAAGAGACGGAAGAGAGUGGCGUUUUCGAAGGGAAUUCUGUCGGAGGCGCCAGCGAAGGCGUCCACAGCGGCGCUGCUGAGCCCGUCGAAGACCGUGACGAAGCACCACGGCAAAGACAUCCUCAGGAAGUCUCAGCGCAAGAACAGGUUCCUCUUCUCCUUCCCGGGACUCCUCGCCCCCCUCUCCGGCGGCAAGAUCGGCGAGCUCAAGGACCUCGGCACCAAAAACCCCAUUCUAUACCUCCAUUUCUCUCAGGGUCAAAUGAAAUUGUUUGGGACCAUCGUAUAUCCCAAGAACCGAUACCUGACCCUGCAGUUCUCCAGAGGUGGGAAGAAUGUCACAUGUGAGGAUUAUUUCGAUACCAUGAUUGUAUUUUCUGAAGCAUGGUGGAUUGGAAGAAAACAGGAGAAUCCAGAAGAAGCUCGUCUUGAGUUACCAAGGGAGCUGUCUGAGGCGCGUGAUGAGGGGUAUGAUUUCAAAGGUGGUGCAGGUGCACCAUCAGAAACAAAGCAGGGGUUUAAAAAAGCUGGAUUGAAAUAUGCAGAACAAGAGUCUCCAAAAACAGACCUAGAAGAUGAUUUUUCUGACAGUCAGAAUAAUUUCGAAGAUUUCACUGAGGUGACUCCAGUUCGGCAUUCAGAGAGAACUGCAGGAAAAAGAUUCAAUUUUGCAGAACCUUCUUCGGCAGAGGAUUUGGUUGGGAACGAUGAUGACACAUCUAAAAGAGAGGAACAAGGCGGCACUGAAUCUAUAGGACAGGAACUACAAGGUGGCAUGGAUCUACUCAGAGAUUAUGCUCCUGGAGAGACUGUACAUUCAUGCCUCCUUAUUGUUGACCAUGACAAUGAGGAUGCUGCAGCAUCUACUCAUUUCUCAGGAAAAGUUCAACCAUCUGCUAGGUCGGUGAUAAAGCAAAAAGAACCCUCUCGUAGCAGUCAUAGCUGUCUUAUCCAACCUACCAUAUCUACCUUGUUUAAGAAAGUGGAGGAAAAGAAGGCACCAAGAAAAGUAAGGAAGUCGCCGUCGUCAAAAGCUUCCAGCCAGAAUUUGCAGCAUGUUGGUCCAGAAAAAGAGACUAAUGAAGUGGAAGUGUUAUUGCAGGAUGAGAGGCUGUCGAAAAAAGUGAAGGUUAUUGAUGACAGAAAAGCUGGGUACAAAAAAGUCACCAAGGAACAACCAAAGGUUGAAGAUGAUGACAUCGAAGAAUUUUCAAGCACAUCAAAGGAUAGUGAUGGAAGCGAUGAAGAUUGGGCUGGUUAAAGAUUGCUGAAAAGAGUGUAUCGAAAUAGAUGGAGAUGCGACGAAAGAGGGUCCUAGUUAGAGACAUGAAGUCGUGGAGGGUGGUUAGUUACGUUUGUUUUUUUAUUUUUGGCCUGUUUAUUUAAUCAAACCUGCAGCUCACAACAAUGAGAUUCUAAUCCCUGCAUCCAUCACGUCUUAAAAGGUGACCUCUAUGCCAACCCUGGUCUUUGGAGAAAGCCUUGAGAUAAAUCAUAUUGCUAUAUGAUCACGAGACGAGGUUUAAUUUCUCAUUAGAAGUUGAGUUUAAAGUAUAAAACUAAGUCCUGAUUAACAAAAAUGAAGGGCUCAUUGUGUA